UUCUUCUUGUAUGAUAUUCAGCCCACCCCACCGCAGCAGCAACAACACAUGGCGCUCUCGCUGCUCUCAGCAUCUCCUCCACUCAGGCUCCGUCGCAGUAUUCGACGGACAAGCUGUUCGCUCUUCGCCGCACAGCGAGCCAAGCGGAACCUGCUAGAGCUGAUCUCCGACCAGGAUCGAGGCCUGAGAACCCAGAAAGACGCCGCUAGGCGAGAUGCAAUCGUGAAUGCCAUCGAAUCCAUGGCGGUUAUCGGGCGCAGCUCCGUCACCACAGGCGACUCGCUCUCUGCCACGUGGCGACUGCUGUGGACGACGGAGAAGGAACAGCUCUUCAUCAUUGAGAAGGCGGGGUUGUUCGGCACGCGCGCUGGAGACGUUCUGCAGGUGAUCGAUGUGAAGAGACGGAUGCUCAGCAACGUCAUCACUUUCCCGCCCGACGGGGUUUUCUUCGUUCGCUCUGACAUCGACAUUGCUUCUCCGCAGAGAGUCAAUUUCAGAUUCAGUAGUGCGGUGUUGAGAGGAAGCAAUUGGGAGAUCCCGCUGCCACCAUUUGGUCAGGGCUGGUUUGAAACUGUGUAUAUGGAUGGCGAGAUCAGAGUGGCCAAGGACAUCAGAGGAGACUACUUAGUCGUUGAUCGUGCUCCUUUUAACUGGAGAGAAUGAUUCCCUCUUUGUAUAAUUAAAAACCGACCUUUGUUUGUUGUAUUAUAAACACCAUUUUUCCAUCUCUCCCCUUCUCUCUCUCCCCUAAAUAGAAAUCCUAAGAAAGGAGUGAUCGCAGGAAAAAA